AUGGAUCAAGCUAAACAAAAAUUCACUUUCAAUCAGCCGACAGAAGAAGAAACAAAAACAAAAAAGUUACGACAUGAAGAUAAUCAAUCAAUAACAACUAUUGAAGAUUUGCCGAAUGAAUUUUUCUUCGAGGCAUUCGAUUAUCUCAAUUUUUAUCAAAUAUUUAAAGGAUUUUCAAAGCUCAAUCAUCGUUUUGACGAACUUCUCUCUUCUUCAUCUUUAUUGUUGAAAGUUGAAAUUAAUUUACCAGAGCAGGACGAAAUGUCAAUGAUCGAUUAUCGACGAUUUAUCAAUAUGAAUAGACGUAAAAUAUUUUCGCUUAAGUUUUGGUUGCGUUAA